AUGUCUGUAAAUCAAAUGGAUCAAAACCCCUUGUUACUGAAAAUACAGAGGAUUGUAAAUGAAAUGCCAGAGAAUGAAGGACCGUUACUAAAUGGAUUAGACUCUAUUUUUCCUCUCAUGUCAAACAACUAUAUUAUCAAUCGCAGGACCCUUCGUAGCAAUUUGGAAAAAUUACAGUUAAGUUACUAUCAAGACCUUCUAGCAUCGUUUGGUGAUGUUAAGAAGCGUCUAGACUCUCUAGAUACUUGUAUAAACAGUAUUUUAGAAACAUGUCUUCGAAUGAAUGGGACAUUGACUUCUGUUAAAUCGGAGACGGUGUGUUUAGUAGAAGAAGCACAAAAAUUGAGAUCUGAUAGCAAAGUGGCGGAGAUCAAAGCUUAUUUACUGGAACUGUUAGUUGGUUCAUACCAAAUCUCUGCAGAAGAUGCACAUAUAUUGUCCUCUAAAAUUAGCCACAUAGAUGAUACUUUUUUUUCAGCCCUUUUACAUGGCAAAGAAAUAAAAAAUACAUGUAAAGAGUUAUUGCAGUCAAACGAAUUAACGUUCAGCUGCUCACUGAUGAAUGAAGCAACACAAAUUUUAGACAGAGCAUAUGAAAAUCUUUAUGAAUGGGCUCAAAAUGAAUGCAUGAAACAUGUUCAUGAAACACCUGAGAUAUCUCCAUAUCUUCAACGUGCAUUGUGCGAGUUACAAAAUAAACCAGUUCUUCUAAAGUACUCUCUUGAUGAAUACGCUAAUGCUCGUCGCAAAGCUUCUGUUAAAUCUUUUCUUGAUGUUCUCUCGGUUGAAAUUGACUCGAAUUCCACUGUCGGGAAUCAUUCUGUUGGCACAAUAUAUACGAUGCACAUAAGAGAAAAACCACGUGAUCAUGUGCGAAUUGUGAGUGAUAUACUUGCUUGUGUUCAUCAAAUUACAGCCUCGGAGAGAGAGUAUAUAAAUAGCUUAUGCAAAAACUGUCACGAUACACUAAUUGCAGACUUGAAGAUCAUUUGUUUGGAUACAAUUACCGAGAGUUUAUGCUCUCACCUUAAAUUGAACAUGGAAAACAUGUUGGUAUCUCAUCAUGAUGCCGUUACACUAUAUAAAAUGAAUAAUAUUAUGAGAUUUUAUCAACAUACAUUUAGAUCACUGAUUAAAUCUACUGCCUCACUCAAUUUAUGCCUAGAUGAAGUUCAGAAGCUCUGUAAAAGGCUAAUACUAAGCACUCUCAAACAAUUUGUUAAACAAACUCUAGAACAACCUGACCAUCCAAACUUAAAUUUAUCUCCGAAUGAACUAAUCACUGACACUCUACAAUUACUUAUCCAAAUGGUCGGCGAUCAAGAUAUUUCAUUACUGCCAAACGAUGAAGUGAAAGUCGAACGUGCAGAGGUAAUCGACUGUUUGGUAUCUCCUUUGAUCACUUACUGCGAAAAGUCUGCUAGCUUACUCAACCUUAAUUCACUAUCGCACAUAAGAUAUCUGGACGACCAUCUGCCCACCAACCCACCUGAUAAUCCUUCAGUAUCAAUAUACCUAGCCAACUGUUUUAAUGCUAUUCAGGUUAGUCUUUCAGGGGUGCCCUUCACUUCUAGUCAAGUCGAACAAGUUGCACUGAAGUUAGACAACUGUCUGAAUUCACUGGUUGUCGCACAAGUUUCGUUUAUACUCGAAAGGACAGGUCUUCUGUUAAUAAGCCAAAGACUUGGCACUGUUCAGGAUCCUAAUGUUCCCCAGUACACGAUAUCCCAACUUCAUGACAUGCUGGUGGAUUUCAAUAAUUACUUAUCGAAUCCAGACAAACUAUGCCUUCCUGACAUAAACAAACUAUGUUCCCAACAGUUACGAAGGCUGGUUCGUCGUCGUUCUGCUGACCAGAUUCAUAGUUACUACCAAUCUGUUCACCAAGCAAUCAUGAAUGUAAGCCAAACUUGUUCCGAAAGCGAUACGACUGUACAACUGUAUACUCCACAACAUGUCGCUGAACUAAUUCUCAACUUCUGA